AUGGCAACCACCGUCUUUUCCAACGGCCGCAUUUUCUGUCCCUUGGGAUCGUCCGAUCGGGAUGUCUUUGCCUCCGCCCUGAUUGUCACCGGCGACCGCAUCAGCUACGUGGGCUCAGAGGCCGAUGCCCCGGUGGUCCAGGCCAUUGCGUCUGGGGCUGUCUCGGUCGAUCUGGGUGGUCGAGUGAUGCUGCCAGGCUUCAUUGACGGCCACGUCCAUAUUCUCAACUUCGGCUUGUCCCUGCAGAAGCUGGACCUUCUGCAAUGCAAGACACUGGAUCAGAUCCGGCAGGCUAUUACCACCUUUGCGGCAAAGCAGCCGUCCGAACCACGCAUUCUUUGUCGCGGAUGGAUUCAAUCCACCAUUCCGGGUCAGGCUCUCGCCACGAUGCUGGAUGAUCUGGACCCUCGACCGAUAUACGUCGAGGCACUGGAUCUGCACUCGACCUGGUGCAAUACGGCUGCCCUUCUAGAGCUACAGGUAGAGUCGAUAGUCGAUCCUCCCGGCGGAACGAUUCAUCGCGAUGAUCAUGGUCGACCAUCCGGCCUGCUCGACGAGUCUGCCCAGUUUAAUAUCGUGUGGCCAUUUCUUGACCAGGUUGCGUCCAUGGAUAAGAAGCUGGCCGCAAUUGAUGCUGCAUUCAACGCGCAUCGGUCUGCUGGAUAUACCGGACUAGUGGAUAUGGCCAUGGAUGAGAAGAACUGGGAGGCACUUCAUUUAUAUCGUAGCCAACGCGGUGAACUGCCCAUGCAUGUAGCGGCGCAUUGGUUAAUUCCAUACUCGGAGAAUCUGGAAGAGAUUUUCGGCCAUAUUGAUCGUGUGAUCGUUUUGCACCAGAAAUUCAAUCGUUCUGUUUCCCCUGGAAUCAGCAUCAACGGCAUUAAACUGAUAUGUGACGGGACCGUGGACGGUUGCACGGCCGGCUUACUACAGCCAUAUGGCGGCAGACCAGAUAUUAUCGAACCCAUCUGGCCAGCGGCUGCUUUAGCUGCGGCCAUUAGCCGCGCUACGAAUGCUGGGCUUCAAUGUGCCAUCCAUGCUAUCGGAGACCGAACAGUCCAACAAGCUAUUGAUUGCUUGUCCCAAGUUCCAGAUCUUCGCAACUGUCGACACCGAAUUGAGCACCUGGAACUGACCACUCCGGAGGAUGCAAGGCGUCUCGGUGACCUGGGAAUCAUUGCCUCUGUUCAGCCCGUUCAUUCUGAUCCCGCUACCUUUGGGGCAUGGCCAGAGCUCCUCGGCUUGCACCGCUGCAAACGGGCGUUUGCCUAUCGAGAGUUUGAAGAGGGUGGUGCCCGCCUAGUCUUUGGGACUGAUGCCCCAACCGCAAAGCAUUUGCCUUUGCCAAAUCUCUAUAAUGCCACCACACGCCGUUCUGCCCUCGAUCCGGCUUCUACGGAGACCGUCAAUCCCGAGUUCGCCGUGUCUCUCUCUACGGCCAUCACCGCUGCCACUGCGGGCGCCGCUUUUGCUUGCUUUGCCGAUUCCUCAACGGGAAGUUUACAGGUUGGAUUCCAAGCUGAUUUCGUAGUAUUGGACAUGCAGUGGACCGCCGAGCAGCUGUUAGAUGCUCGAGUCUGCCAGACAUGGUACAAGGGAAGGAAGACUUUUGAUGUAGACGGUGACGGGCGAUGA